AUGGAGCUAUUACCAGAAAACAACCAUGUCGACAAUGUAGUGAUUCAAGGACAUACAUUUGAAAAAGUGCAUCAAUUUACAUAUCUGGGGGCCUCUAUCAGUGGUAAUAAUGACUGGUCCAUCGAAUUAAAUCGCCGAAACAUCAAGGCAGAAAAGGCAUCAUUUUCGUUAACCAAAUACCUAAAAUCUAAACUGUUUUCUAGAAGAACCAAAGUACAUCUUUACAUGGCGAUAAUUAGACCAACGCUAAAAUAUGGGUGUGAGGUAUGGCCUUUAACAUUCAAAAUGGAACAAAAACUUAUNAUAUGACAACGACCUGAGGUGCUGGCGCAGAAGAACGAACAAAGAGACUCGAGAUUUGACAGGAGUACCAAGAAUAACCAACUUUGUAAAAACACAAAGAAUAAAAUGGUUUGGGCACGUGAUGAGAAGGUCAAACUCAGAUUACCUUAAGGCGGCGAUCGAAUGGAAACCCACAGGGAAGAGACCAAGAGGACGUCCAAAGAAGCGAUGGAUAGAUGGUAUAAAGCAGGACUUAGAGAAAUUAGGGAUAUCAAAUUGGGAAGACAAGGUACAAAAUCGAGAAGAGUGGAGGGAGGUGUCGGUGGCGGCAAAAACUCUUGAAGAGUUGUGA